AUGGACCCCUUCGCGGACACUCUGCGGCGGCUGCGGGAAACCUUCCGGUCUGGACGGACUCGAGCUGCCGAGUUCCGAGCCGCACAGCUCGAGGGCCUGGGCCGCUUCCUGCGGGACAACAAGCAGCUUCUACAGGACGCGCUGGCCAAAGACCUGCGUAAGUCCCCUCUGGAGUCAGACAUGUCGGAGCUAAUCAUUUGCCAGAAUGAGGUCAGCCUGGCCAUCAAGAACCUGCACAGCUGGAUGAAGGACGAACCGGUGUCCACCAACAUGCUCACAAAGCUGAGCUCGGCCUUCAUCCGGAAAGAGCCCUUCGGCCUGAUCCUCAUCAUUGCCCCUUGGAACUACCCCGUGAACUUGACGCUUGUGCCCCUGGUGGGUGCCCUGGCCGCAGGGAACUGUGUGAUACUGAAGCCGUCAGAAAUAAGUAAGAGCACAGAGAAGGUCCUGGCUGAGGUGCUGCCCCAAUACCUGGACCAGAGCUGCUUUGCCGUGGUGCUGGGUGGGCCCCAGGAGACUCAGCAGCUACUGGAGAACAGGUUCGACCACAUCUUCUUCACAGGGACCCCCCACGUGGGCAAGAUUGUCAUGGCCGCUGCGACCAAGCACCUGACUCCUGUCACACUGGAGUUGGGGGGCAAGAGCCCCUGCUAUGUGGAUGAUGACUGUGACCCUCAGACAGUGGCCAACCGCGUGGUCUGGUUCCGAUACUUCAAUGCCGGUCAGACCUGUGUGGCCCCUGACUAUGUCCUGUGCAGCCGCGAGACGCAGGAGCGGCUACUGCCCGCUAUUCAGAGCGCCAUCACCCGCUUCUACGGGGACGACCCCAAGAGCUCCCCCAACCUGAGCCGCAUUGUCAACCAGAAACACUUCAAGAGACUUCAGGGCCUGCUGGGCUGUGGGCGCGUAGCCAUAGGUGGCCAGAGUGACGAGAGUGAACGAUACAUUGCCCCCACAGUGCUGGUGGAUGUGCAGGAGACGGAGCCGGUGAUGCAGGAGGAAAUCUUCGGGCCCAUCCUGCCCAUCGUGACUGUGAGGGGCCUGGACGAGGCUGUGGACUUCAUCACCCGGCGUGAAAAGCCCCUGGCGCUUUAUGCCUUCUCCAACAACAGCCAGGUGGUGAAUCAGAUGCUGGAGCGGACCAGCAGCGGCAGCUUCGGGGGCAAUGAAGGCUUUGUCUACCUAACAGUGCCAUCCCUGCCGUUUGGGGGAGUUGGUCACAGCGGCAUGGGCCGGUAUCAUGGCAAGUUCUCCUUCGAUACCUUCUCCCACCACCGUGCCUGCCUGAUGGCCAGCCCAGGUCUGGAGAAGCUCAAUGAAGUCCGCUACCCGCCCUAUUCUGAUUGGAGCCAGAAGUUCAUCACCUGGGCCCUGGACUCCCAGGGGUGCACCCUUCUGUGA